UGAAUAUAUGUAUAUACAUAUUUGAAACGUUUACAACUAGCUCAAGUGUCGCGCUUCGCUUCGACGGCUGCCCUCGCACAACAACAACAAAAACAGCAACAGCAGCAACAACAAUAAACUUCUCUAUUGCCUUUUUGGCGUCGCCCGCGCGCGCGUUUCAGUGUGUGCGUGUGUGUGUAUGCGCCUGCCUGCGUGUGUGUGUCUGUGUCUGUGUCUGUGAGUGCGUGUAUGCGUGCAACAAAACUCCAACUCAAGUGUGUUCACAACAACAACAGCCAAAAAUAAAUGUUUAAAUUUAAACAAUUCGCAGCAAAAGCAAUUAAAAUGCAUUCUUAACACAAUUCAAAGGCCAUCGCCCGCUUCCAGCUGCAGCCAACAAAGCAACAACAACGACAACCACUGAGGCAAGUUAAUAGCGAGACAACAAAAGCAAUCCAACAACAACUGCAACUGCAGCAACUCAACGCACGUCACUCAACACUUUCGCUGGGCAACAUUUCUCAACUGAACGAAACAACGAUAUUAAACUGAACAGGCAAAACUACAAAUUUUAAACUUAACAUUACCAACUGCGACCAAAGGUUUCUCAAGCUCUUUCUAAAACAAAAACAUAAAAAAUCACAAAAAGCUGAAGUAGUAUUCAAAUGAUGUAAAAUAAAAUAAAAACUGCGACUCUGGUUGAACAGAAAAAAAAAAAACACCCGCUGAAACUGCGUAACCAGAAAACCGGAAAUUAAAUUUGCAACAGCCAUAACCUCAAAAAAGUAAAAUAAAUAAAAGUAGUGCAAACAAGCCACAGUAGGAGAAUUAAAAAAAUAAAUAACAUUGAAAAGAGAGCGAGAGAUAGAGAACCCAAAAAGAGAAUUAAGAAAUUUCGCUGGCAAAUAUUUGCAGAGAUUAAUGAAAGUGGAUUAGAGACGAGUUUCUAAAAUUGAAAACGAGAUAAAAGCGGCACAAAUAUCUCACACAUAACAAGAGCGAACGAGAAGGAGAACAAGAGAGCGAGAGAGAAAGAGGAGGAGCGACCAAGUGUGCAACAGAGACAGCGACUACUUGGCUGAGCUUGGCUGAACUUUGACCCACUCGACGCGUUUGUCUUUUCGCUCUUAGUGUUAAUCACGGCAAACGUGCCAGGACGAACAGGACGAACAGGUCGACCAGGCGGUGGCGUGGCGAGGGCCAGGCCGGGUGCUGGCUACUUAAAACCCGGGGCGUCAGGCCAGCACAUUGUUGCAGACACUUUCACUCUCGCAACGGCUACAACAACAACAACAAUUUGUAAUUCAAACUAAAAGCAACGCAAAGCAACAACAACAAAAACAAAAAACCAAGGACAUGGACUCGUCGUCGUGCUUGUCGCUGUUUGUCGCGUUGAUCUUCCUUGUGAUAAUUAAAGAAAGCUGUCAGGGACCACACGAGAAGCGCUUACUCAAUCACCUGCUCUCCACCUACAACACACUGGAGCGACCCGUUGCCAACGAAUCGGAGCCCCUGGAGGUAAAGUUUGGACUAACGCUUCAGCAAAUUAUCGAUGUGGACGAGAAAAAUCAGCUACUUAUAACGAAUCUUUGGCUUUCGUUGGAAUGGAACGACUACAACUUGCGCUGGAACGAAACGGAAUAUGGAGGCGUCAAAGAUCUACGAAUUACGCCCAACAAGCUGUGGAAGCCCGACGUGCUAAUGUACAAUAGCGCGGAUGAGGGAUUCGAUGGCACGUAUCACACCAACAUUGUGGUCAAACAUAACGGCAGUUGUCUGUACGUGCCCCCUGGUAUCUUCAAGAGCACAUGCAAGAUAGACAUCACGUGGUUCCCAUUUGAUGACCAACAUUGCGAAAUGAAAUUCGGUAGUUGGACUUACGAUGGAAAUCAGUUGGAUUUGGUUUUGAAUUCCGAAGAUGGAGGGGAUCUUUCCGAUUUCAUAACAAAUGGCGAGUGGUACUUGCUUGGCACAUACUUCAACUGCAUCAUGUUCAUGGUUGCAUCGUCUGUGGUGCUAACGGUUGUGGUGCUUAACUAUCAUCAUCGUACAGCGGAUAUACACGAGAUGCCACCGUGGAUCAAAUCCGUUUUCCUACAAUGGCUGCCCUGGAUAUUGCGCAUGGGCCGGCCUGGUCGCAAGAUCACGCGCAAAUCAAUAUUAUUAAGCAAUCGCAUGAAAGAACUGGAAUUAAAGGAACGUUCUUCCAAAUCGUUACUCGCCAAUGUCCUUGACAUCGAUGACGAUUUUCGUCAUACAAUAUCGGGCUCACAAACCGCUAUCGGUUCAUCGGCUAGCUUUGGCCGACCCACGACGGUGGAGGAGCAUCACACUGCAAUAGGCUGCAAUCACAAAGAUUUACACUUAAUUCUUAAAGAAUUGCAAUUUAUAACCGCGCGCAUGCGCAAAGCUGACGACGAAGCGGAAUUGAUAAGCGAUUGGAAAUUCGCUGCAAUGGUUGUGGAUAGAUUUUGUUUAAUUGUUUUUACGCUCUUUACGAUUAUUGCGACGGUAACCGUGUUGCUCUCAGCUCCACAUAUAAUCGUGCAAUAAGGCCGCUCAAUUUAGACACGUUAAGCUACACAAACACACAAACGAAAACAUGCAAACACACACAGACAUAUACAUCUACAGUAAAUGAGUAGAUGUCUAGUUAAGUUCAUUUUCAAAACAACUAGAGAAGCUGCUUCGCAAAAAAAAAAAAAAA